CCGCCUCGCGAUGCCCCACCCACGCUCCCAAGCUAAAAACAAAACCCAAAAGUCUGCGAUGCCUUGGCGCUUGGUAGAGCGUGGCUGGACGCUAGUGGAGUCAUGGAAUAAGCCCAGGUCGGCCAUUAUUCCCCUUCUCCCACGUCAAGACAAAGAGACUUAACCGAUUAAAAUAAGACUGCAAGGAUCGUCGACUGGAACGGUAAAAGAAAAACUCUCCUUCCCACAAAUUCCAAAUUCUUCAGGGCGCUCCCAUACCGGCUCUCGAACGUAUCCGUCCAAAAACGCUUCGCACUGGUCGCCAGUCCGUACAUACCCCCCUUCCCAAAUCCUGACACUUUCCUGACACCGGAAUAAAAUUUUUCCCAUUUCAAACCCCAAUCCACGCCUCUCCUCGUAGAAAAGCAGGUGCAGGUGCAGUUGCAGAGAGAUAUUGAAGGGACAAUUUUCAUUAAUUUAGAUUCAUUCAAGAGAUUUGCUUGUAUUGAUAUUGUCGAUGGGAGGGAUGGUGCAGGACGAGGGAUCGUCGUCGGUGACGUCGUCGCCGAUGCAAUGCUUCCCGCUGAUUCCCCUAUCGCCGGCGGCCCAGCUGAUGUCGCCGCCGGUGCCGUGGCUUCGGGAGCUCAAGUCCGACGAGCGAGGGCUGUGCUUAAUCCACCUCCUCCACAACUGCGCCAGCCACGUCGCCGCCGGCCAGCUCGAGCACGCCAACGCGUGUCUCGAGCACAUCUCGCUUCUUGCCGCUCCCGACGGCGACACCAUGCAGCGCAUCGCGUCCCACUUCACGGAGGCGCUCGCCCGCCGCGUCCUCCGAUCCUGGCCCGGCCUCUACCGCGCCCUCCACCCGCCGGCAGCGCCCGGCCGGCCGCCGCCCGACGCCCUCCUCGCCCGCCGCCACUUCUUCGACCUCUGCCCCUUCGUCCGCCUCGCCUUCGUCGUCUCCAACCAGGCCAUCCUGGAGGCGAUGGAGGGGGAGCGGGUGGUCCACGUCGUCGACCUCGGCGGCCCCGCCUCCGACGCUGCCCAAUGGGCCGCCCUCCUCCAGGCCCUCCGCGCCCGCCCCGAGGGCCCGCCCCACCUCCGCCUCACCGUCGUCCAUGACCACAAGGAAUUCCUCGACCUCACCGCCGUGCGCCUCACCGAGGAGGCCGAGCGCCUCGACAUCCCCUUCCAAUUCCACCCCGUCGUCGCGCGCCUCGACAACCUCGACGUCGAGAUGCUCCGCGUCAAGACCGGCGAGGCGGUAGCCAUCAGCUCCGUGCUUCAGCUGCACACACUUCUCGCCGCCGACGACGCCGCCGCCGCCGUCGCGGGCCACCGAAGGAAGACCCCGUCACCCUUGGCCAAGAAUCCCAGCAUGGCCCAGCUCCAUAGAAUUGUCCAAAUGAACUACCAGGGCACGCUUGGGGAGCUGCUGGAGAAAGACCAUGCCAACGGGCGCAGCCCGAGCCAGGACUCGGCUUCGUCGUCGUCUCUUGCGUUAGCCCCGUCGCCCAAGACGGAGUGCUUCCUGGCAUCGCUGUGGGGGCUGUCGCCGAAGGUCAUGGUGGUGACGGAGCAGGAGUCGAACCACAACGCGCCGACGCUGACGGCGCGGUUCAUGGAGGCUCUCAAUUUCUAUGCAGCACUGUUUGAUUGCCUCGAGUCGACGGUGCCGAGGAUGUCCGUGGAGCGGGCGAGGAUCGAGAAGAUGCUGUUCGGGGAAGAGAUCAAGAAUAUCAUCGCUUGCGAGGGCGGGGAGAGGAGGGAGCGCCACGAGAAGCUGGAGAAAUGGGUGCAGAGGCAGGAGCUCGCCGGGUUCCGAAGGUUGCCGCUGAGCUACCUGGCGAUGCUGCAGGCCAGGAGGCUGCUUCAGAGUUAUGGGUGCGAGGGGUACAAGGUCAGGGAGGAGGAUGGCUGUUUCUUUUUCUGCUGGCACGAUAGACCCCUCUUCUCUGUUUCAGCUUGGAGGUUCGGGAGAUUUUAGCGAGUUGUGUGAGUUGUGGAGACUCUCAUUUUCCUGCCAACUUCUUGUAUAAAGGCUUUAAUUUCUUCUUCUUCUUCUUCUUCUUUUUCGCUUGCUUUAUUCAAAUGCAUAACAUUUUUGACAAGAAUAUGGUUUGCAGAUCAUUAUAUUUUCAGUUUCUUUGCUCAAAUCCAUUAUGGAAAUAUAUUGUUGUGGUAUAAAGGGGAUGCAACCCCACGUAUGUUUUUGUA